CACAGCUCCCCCCUGGACUGAGGAGGCGCUGCACCCGGAGCGCCGUGGGAGGCGGCCUGGGAAGCCCCCGAGGGCCGCCGCCCCUGCUGGGCCAAGCGCGGAAUGCGGACCCCUGGACGAGGGCCGGACAUCCAGGCUGGGCCCCCGGAAUCGCACGUUCCCUUUGCGCGCCGAGGCAAAACGAAGCGGAGCCCCUAGAUCCCCCCAGCCCAAUUCCGAGAUUCUCAGAAGCAUCUCCCCCAAUUUUCUGUGCUCUACCCCAAGUGGAACAGGGCUCCGUUUAUUGGGGAGGCGAGUUGGGAGGAGUAGGGAUUGGAGGAAGGGAGGCAGAAUUUUCCUGAUUCUCAAAACCACUUCGUAACUGAAAUCCUUAAAUUGGGGACUAAAGGGGGCCUCCUCUCUCCAUUGUUGCCUAGAGUUAAGGGUUUUAACCCUUAAACCGAAAAUCAGAGGACAAUUGACUGCUCGCUCAUUGCACCCCCCGUCAGCGUGGGUGUGCUGGAAGAGCCGGGCAAUCACGGUGCAGACCAAUACGCCAACUGAGAUGCCUCACGCCUGUCUCCCUCCCCAAAGGGUUCUGGAACCUAUCGUUUGAAUUAGCCGAGUCAGGCAGGGAGGGGCGGGGAGUCCUUCCGCCCGGCCUAGGAGGGGCUGCAUUGCAGGGGGAGACUGAGCCGACCGACUCACUCACUGAAGGGAGGGAGAGGGAGAGGGAGCGAGAAGACAAAGCCGGCGAAGCCCCCACAGCUGCCUCUGUCUCCAGCCCAGAGCAGGCUCCGGAGCCCCACCAUCCUCCCUCCAUCUUUGGAACACGCUAGUAAUUCAUUGAUAACAGGAAGUUAUGAGGGACCCUGUGAGUAGCCAGUACAGCUCCUUCCUUUUCUGGAGGAUGCCCAUUCCAGAACUGGAUCUGUCGGAGCUGGAAAGCCUGGGCCUGUCUGAUACAUCCACCUACAAGAUCGAUGACAGCAGCGUUGGCAAAAUGACUGGGCAAGCAACUGGAACAGAGGAGGAGAAAAACCCGGAAGGUGAUGCCCUCCUGGAGUACAGCACCUUCAAUUUCUGGAGAGCUCCCAUUGCCAGCAUCCAUUCCUUCGAAUUGGACUUGAUCUAAGCCCGAGACCUUCUCUCCCACCACCUUGCCCUCGUUGUCUUCACUUUCAAGCCCCUUCCUUUCCACCCUUUUCCCCUAUUAAUCUUGCUCUCUCUCCUCUAUUGUGUUGAGGUGCUGAUCAAUCUGCUAGAGUCGUAUGGUGUUGUAUUUAUUUUUUAUUUAUUUACUUAUUUAUUUAUCUUCCUUGUCAGUGUCUCUCCAAAGCCCUCAAGCCACAAAGGGUUCAAGCAAUGAAGUUACUGGGUCACAGAGAUUCCUCCACCCCUCCCUCCACAUUAAUUCCAGAAAACAGGCCUGAUAGGGACACCAGAGAGUAGUAUAGUGGUGCAAAAUGGAAGGAAUGAUUGUUUUCCCACUCCAUGACAGUAAACACAAAUAUUUCUUAAAGGGUUGAAGAAUAGCUUGGAAGUUUUCAUUUGCGAUGAUCUGUCACGAGACAGUCGGAUUUCUAAAAGGCUGAGGGGAUAAGACUCUUGCAUUUUUGUUUCUGCUCCUUCAGUAAUACACUCUUUCGCAGAGAAAUUGGGGGUAAAGGUAUAAAGCAAGGGUGUUCCCAUCAUGGAAAAUGAAAAUAGGGGAAAGCAGUGAAGCCUUUCAGAUAUAGCUAUGGUUUCUCAAAAGGGUGUUUCUUCUUCACGCCUACUCACUUUAUAACUUUGCCCCUAAAUGUGGGUUGAAAACUCUAGCUGAGGAAAAUCACUCCAUUUCAAAUCUUCACAUGCUGUCUUGCUAUGAUGAUGAUUUGUAAGGUUUUGAUUCAGUUUCUAAACAUAGGGUUUGGACCUUAGUAUUUCGGACUUGUUCUCCUGCAUUUGUGAUGUGUGGCAUUGAUCAAUGGGCCUCAGGCACAGUUCUUCAGCCACCUUGACCAUGAAAUGAACAAUCACAUUCUGACCCUACACCUUGUCCCCACUCCUUCCAAAAUUAUCGCUGCUGAUUUGUGCUGCCAUUUACUCAUUUCUUUAAUAAAGAUAUUCAAUCCCAGGACUGCA